AUGGCCGAAGGGUCGACCACCGUGCCCGUUGUGAGACAGACGUCUGCGGAGUGUCGACGGGGCUCCUCACCUUUAACCCAACUUCGUCAUCGUCAUUACCAUGAUCCGCUAAAGUCAAGUGGAACCUCUCCGGUACUCCGCGGUUCCCGGCGAGCCGUAUCCUUUUCUGACACACUCUGCGAGGCCCGUCAAUCCAUCAAAUCAUCGACGGAUGACUUUAUUAGACCACGGGCAUCCGUUGAAACCGAUGGAUCCUAUUGGCAGUCCGCUCCCUUGGCGCUGGCCCUAGUGCCUGCCAUCGGCGGCAUUUUCUUCCAGAACGGGAGUGCAGUCCUUACAGACGUAACGCUGAUAUGUCUUGCCGGUGUAUUCCUCAACUGGUCUGUGCGUCUACCAUGGGAUUGGUAUCAUGCUGCGCAGGAAUCUACGCGCAGACCUCCACCAGACGAGGUCUUUGAUUCGGAAGACAGGCCGAAUGGCGAAGCUAGCCGAAGCGAUCAAGAAACCGCAUUGGCGAAAGACACUCAGACGGACGAUUCUCAGAAGCAACCCCACGGAGCUGGCAUGGGCUCUAAAGCAAGCCGGGAGCUUCAUUUUCAUGAAAUGAUUGCUCUUGCAUCAUGUUUUAUCUUCCCUGCCUUUGGAACCUUGCUUCUUCAUGCUAUUAGAUCGAAACUGUCACGGCCGUCUGAAGGUCUUAUUUCGAAUUACAAUCUUACAAUCUUUUUACUCGCUGCUGAAAUCCGACCUUUGUCUCACCUCCUAAAGCUAGUGCAAGCCAGAACUCUCCACCUACGGCGAGCAGUAGAGUCAACGUCUCCAAACCCUGAUAUGAUGGAUGCUACAAAAAUUGUCGACAUUUCUAGGCGUCUCGAUGAAUUGGAAGCACAAGUUGAAGAGCUGUUGACUCACAAAGGUGAGGAUCAGACAGCACAAGAGUCCUCGAGCGAACUUGAACAGAAACUAUGCGAGAUCGAAGCCCAGGUGCGGAAAGCUAUGCAGGUAGAUAUUGCUGCUUUGAAUCGUGCUGUUCGCAAAUACGAGAAGCGACUCACGACAUCGGCAUUGGAUACCGAUACGCGAUUCGACAACAUCGAGUCCCAGAUCCGCAACAUUAUGUUUAAAAAAUCUCCUAGCCCUAAAUCUCAAGGCAACCUUCUCUUGCGCUGGAUACGGGUAUUGGCCAAGUCCAUUCAGCCAAUCCUCCUUUUGCCAUGGCAUGUCUUAAGGAGAAUAGUCAUGCUUCCAAUUUCGGUUACAGCAUGGUGGUUUUCUAUACUGACGAGAGUCCUGGGCUGGGGUGGAUAUCCAGAGAACGCAAAUGCGAAGGAUUCUAUUCGGCUGAAACGAAUCCGCCGUCAAAAUUGGCAUUGA